AUGCAAAUAAAGAACGAGGAGAACGAGGAGUCGGUGGUCCAGUCCGAAGACAACGGAGUGCCCAUCUACAGCUCAUUGGAGAGCUUGCUCUUUGUAAGAAAAGAUUUGAACGUAGCAAAGAGUAUUCAGGAUUGCAGAUUCCGCCGUCAAUGUCGAGAGAGCUCAGCGAAAAGGCGCUGAAAACGCAGGAGCUGCUCGACAGAUGGAGCCACAAUCGGAGGAGCAUGGUCCGCAAAAUGGAGGGCAUCGCCGAGAAGGUAUUCAUCAGAAAACGAGAAAAAGUGGGAGAGCACUUUGAAGAAAUUGCUUGCGAAAUUCUCUCAAUCACAAAAAUUUCGAAACAAUUGGCUACAUUUUCUCUUCAAACAUAAAAGAGAGAUGCGCUGAAUUGAAAAAUUGCUCAAUUUUUCAUUUUUCCAGAGAAAUUCACUUGAUAAUCAGGAAAAAUUGACAAUUUUUACAAAACAUGUUAAAAAUUGAACAGAUUUUGCUGUAUUUCUGGAGCUUUUCGGUAGACCGUGAUUUCUAGAUGUUUGCGGCAGAAAUAUUUAUUGAAAAGUAAUUGGAAGAAGCUCGAAAUAAUAAUCGUAUUUUACCGGAUAUUGUCUGAGAAUCUCGGUUCAGCUCGACAACUGGGAGAAAGGAUGUGCGAUCUCGACGACAGUCGGCUCUUCCGUGGGCGUCUUCUCUGGAUUCGCGGUGAUCGGCGGUCUCAUCGUCCUCCCGCCCGUCGCCAUCGCCGGACUGAUCGUCGGAACGGCGGCCGGAGUGGCCAAUCUCGCGACGGGACUCACAAAGCUCAUGGUGUCGAAGCAGCAGCACAAGGAGGUGACGGAGCUAAUUGCCAAGGACUCGGAGCUCUUUGAAGAGCUGUUGAGAGCGAGAGAGGAGCUGAUGGACGUGAUCAGAAAGAUUUUGGAGGACGAGGAGUCUUACAAGCACUUCAAGAACGACGACGAUGUGGAGAACAAGCUGAAGAAUGUGUUUGGCGCGUCGGUGACGGGCAUCUCGGCAUUCGGCGUUCGUUUUGCAGUCAGCUCGAUGGGCCGCCUCUCCUCCUCGCUCGUCAAGGGAGUCCUUCACAGUGUCGCUGCCAUCGGCAUCAUUCUCGACGCGGUCACUCUCGCGAUGAGCGUCAAGGUAACCCGAUUCUGUUCCUCACAUCCUAACGAUUCGUUUUCAGACUCUCGAAAACGGCGCGUGCUCGGAGCUCGGCGCGCAGAUUUUCGACGCGUCCGGAAAGAUGGAAAUGAUGCGUCAGAAGGUGGUGAAGCACUUCUUGAACCAAGAUGUCUGGGACGCCGACGACGAUCAGCUUUCGGACGUCGGAUCGGUCGAACUCGUCUCCCCGCAGCCUUCCCUCCAGCCGCAAAGACUUUCGGAGCACGAAAACUAUUGA